AUGGCCGCGUCCGAGGACGGGAGCGGCUGCCUCGUGUCGCGGGGCCGCUCGCAGAGUGACCCCAGCGUUCUCACCGACUCCUCGGCCGCCUCCUCCGCCGACGCCGGCGAGAACCCAGAUGAGAUGGACCAGGCCCCCCCAGCACGCUCCGAGUAUCUGGUCUCAGGGAUCCGAACCCCCCCGGUGAGGAGGAACAGCAGACUGGCCACCCUGGGCAGGAUCUUCAAGCCCUGGAAAUGGAGGAAGAAGAAAAACGAAAAGCUGAAGCAGACGACGUCUGCGUUGGAGAAGAAGAUGGCCGGCAGGCAAGGCCGGGAGGAGCUCAUCAAGAAGGGUCUGCUGGAGAUGAUGGAGCGGGAUGCUGAAAGCAAAGCCUGCAGCCCCGAUGGAGGGCCCCGGGCCGCACAGAGCGAGCCCUCCACCCCCAAGCAGGAGACGCUGACUUCCGAUGAAGCCCCACCCGGAAGUCCUCUGGCCACGGGGACGGACGCCUCAUCCCUAGACGAGCCGCUGUCCUUGGACUCCCAUUGUGACGACACAGCCAAGAUGCCGUCCACAUCCAGAGGUGAAGAAGCAGACGCCACCGGCAGCCUCCUGCCAACCACGGACGAGCCCUCUCAAGCCGUAGCUGGGUCUGACUCCCUGGACAGUCCUCCCAGAGCCCUGGAGAGAUCCAUGGGCCAACUCCCCAGCCCCCCGCUGUUGCCCACCCCGCCGCCCAAGGCAGGCUCCCAAACCACGAAAAACGUCACAGGCCAGACUGCGCUCUUCCAAGGCCCUGGUGGGAAGAGCGCUGACCCUCCCCUUCGAGGACAGCUUUCCACGCCCACGGGGUCUCCACAUCUCACCACUGUCCACCGGCCACUGCCCCCCAGCCGUGUCAUUGAGGAGCUGCACAGGGCGCUGGCCACCAAGCAUCGCCAGGACAGUUUCCAAGGAAGGGACAGUAAGGCGUCCCCGAAGAAGCGGGCGGACGUCCGCCUGUCGAGAACGUCCAGCGUGGAGCGGGCCAAGGAGAGGGAGGAGGCCUGGAGCUUCGAUGGGGUCUCGGAGAGCAAGCGGGCCGCCGCCAGAGGGUCGGAGGAGAACAAGGAGAACUUGAUCGUGAACUCGGAGCUCAAGGACGACUUGCUGGUAUAUCAGGACGAAGAGGCGCUGAACGACUCCAUCAUCUCCGGAACACUGCCAAGGAAAUGCAAGAAGGAGCUCUUGGCGGUAAAGCUGCGGAACCGGCCGAGCCAGCAGGAACUGGAAGACAGGAACAUUUUCCCCAGGAGGACUGAUGAAGAGCGGCAGGAAAUCCGGCAGCAGAUCGAGAUGAAACUCUCCAAACGGCUAAGCCAGAGACCGGCCGUGGAGGAGCUGGAGAGAAGAAACAUCUUGAAACAGAGGAAUGAUCAGACAGAGCAGGAAGAAAGAAGAGAAAUCAAGCAAAGAUUGACAAGAAAGCUGAAUCAGAGACCCACAGUGGACGAGCUGCGGGACAGGAAGAUUCUGAUCCGGUUCAGCGACUACGUGGAAGUGGCGAAAGCUCAGGACUACGACCGGCGCGCAGACAAACCCUGGACGCGCCUGUCCGCGGCCGACAAGGCGGCCAUCCGUAAGGAGCUAAACGAGUACAAGAGCAACGAAAUGGAGGUGCACGCGUCCAGCAAGCACUUGACAAGAUUCCACAGGCCAUAG